UCUCAUAGCAUUCCUUUCCUGUUUAGGCCAGGCAGAAAGACUCUCACAAAGAAGGGCGGUGAGAAGGAGGGCUGCUCUGCCAUCAACGAGGUGGUGACACGGGACUACACCAUCAACAUCCACAAGCACAUCCACAGCGUGGACUUCAAGAACCAUGCUCCUCGGGCACACAAAGAGAUCCGGAAAUUUGGUAUUGACACCAGGCUCAACAAAGCUGUCUGGGUCAAAGGAAUAAGGAAGGUCCCCUACCGCAUCUGGGUACAAUUGUCCAGAAAAUGCAAUGAGGAUGAAGAUUCACCAAACAAGCUGUAUAUAGUGGUUAUCUAUGUACCUGUCAUCACUUUCAAAAAUCUACAGACAGUUAAUGUGGAUGAGAACUAUAUAUUAAUUGUCAAUUAAAGUUAUAAAACCACUUAAAAAAAAACAAUAAUCUAAAAAAAAAAAACAACGAAAACACCAAUAAUUUCAUAGCCAGGAAUUUCUGCUCUCUUCCUUCCCACCACUUUUACCUGCUCAUU